AUGUACGUGGUCAUGAAACUGCAGCAACAAAACACAAAGGGUAAUGAAGGGGUGGAGGUUUUAGAGAACAGACCCUUUGAGGAUAAUGUACUGGGGAAGGGUCAAUUCACAUUAAAGAUUUAUCGCCUGCAAAGCAAAGCUCCUGCUUGGCUUACCGCCUUUGCUCCCCCAGAUACUCUAGUGAUGCAAGAGGAAGCCUGGAAUGCAUAUCCAAGAUGUAAAUCAGAACUCAUCAAGUUUGCUCUUUUGCAGUGCCCAUACUUCCCUAAGUUUUGUUUAACUAUUGAAACUAUACACAAAGCUGACAAUGGACACUUGGAAAAUGUGCAUUGUCUGAGUAAAGAACAACUAGCAAACAGACAGCUGGAAAAUAUUGAUAUUGCUUCUGCUGCAAGCGACUAUUGGGGUUACAUAGUUGGAAUUAGCGGUAUUGAUCUGUCUAAAUUCCAAUCGGCAAGGACUGGGCGUGGUCCACUUUUAGAGGGAUGGCAGGAUAGGUGUAAUCCGAUUAUGACAGCAUACAAGUUGGUGACAGUAGAUGUUCCAUACUGGGGCUUUGGUAGUCGACUGGAACAAGCAUUUCUAGCGGGUGAAAGAUCACUUUUCCUUGAAAGUCAUCGGAAUUGUUUUGCUUGGAUUGACGAAUGGUUUGGGAUGACAGUAGAAAUGAUGCGAGAGCUUGAAGAACAAAGUGAUUCCUCAUUGAAUAAGGUAAGAAUAUCAUAAACUUCAGGCAUUGCUUGGAAAGUAAAAGUGAUCAAUAAUGAUUACUACUGCUGAUUUGACAAAAGAAUAGUUCUACCAAGUUCAAAUUGGCAGUGGGUCUUUCAGUGGCUUGUGAGAUUUUUUGAUGAAGUAAAUUGUUUCUUCGAACAAUUUCUAAUUUCUUUGCUCCAACUUUUGAGACAUGCUUAUUCUACUGGCCAUGAAAUUCCUUCUCUAUGCACGAUGAUAAUUAUCCUGGUACGUGUGCCUAAGAGUGUGCUUGUGCCUUUCUUUUUGCUUCUGUGUAUAUGUUCCAAUAGAUGCAUUUGUUGCUCAUAUUGUCCAAUCCAAUGUCACAUUGAAGGUCUUGUUUCUAAAGUUGUUUGAACUGGUUUGCUUUUCACUUGGCAAAAGUAAACAGUGCAAUAUUUAUUGGGAACUGAGUUCAUGAUUUGUGCCAUUAGCCAGUAAUUCAUUAUCAUGGUUUUGUAGCGUUGUUAAGUCUUUAAGAGCUCUGAGUUCUAAAACGGGGCGGAAGGGUGAGAUUAAAUGUUGCAGGACAUUUGUCUUCCCUUGCAAUCAGCUUUUAAGAUUAUCGUGCUUCAUGGAUUCAGAGCUGUUGAAUGUGACUGACAUUAGAAUUACAUGCUUUGCCUAAAGAUCUUUUU